AUGCUGCUACUCAUUGCCUUCAAGGUCACGGUACUUCUCGGGCAUAAUGGAGCCGGCAAAAGCACGACAUAUAGUAUGAUUUGUGGUACAACAAAUAUGACAACAGGCAAGUAUUUCACAAUGGUUCGAGUAAUCGAUUUAGGAUCUAUAACAAUAUUUGGUCAAAACCUCCAAACAAACUUGUCUUCUUGUCGUUCAAGCAUGGGUUUCUGUCCACAGUUUAACUGCAUUUUCGAGCACUUGACCGUUAACGACCAUUUUUGGUUUUUCUCUAAGCUGAAAGGAGGUGGUGGAUGGAAAGUAGAUGCGGAUGAGCUCUGCUCUUCUGUUGGCAUGCAAAGCUUAAGAAAAAAGGCAACUGUCUUCGAAACUCUCUGGCGGCGAAAAAAGGAAACUGUGCCUAGCACUGGCAUUUGUCGGAGGAUCCAAAUUCUUGGUGCUAGACGAGCCAACAGCUGGAAUGGAUCCGCAAUCCAGGAGAAUUGUAGCAGAUUUCAUCAUAAAACAAAAGCAAGAGAGGUGAGCGCUAUCUCGAGGAUAUACUCCGUGAUAAUAAUUCCUAGGUGA